UAAUAACAGCGGCCUCUGGCUCACUGCGUUCAUAACAUAACCUUACUUUCUCACCAUAUGUUCCAUCUUCCAUAUGAUAUGAAUUGAAACUAUUUGCAGCAAAGCUAUGAUAUAAUUAAUACAAUAACGUUCACUUGUAACUUGAAGAAGAAUAAGAAUUGAUAGUUGGUCCAUUGACGAAAUGAGCCAAGAAAGACUCAACUCUUACAAGAAAGAUGUUGAUUCCAUCAAACGGCUCGGUAAAGAAUGGAAUCUGAACAAUGAUGAAAUCGACCAAGUAUUAUUUGAUGCGUUCCUCUGUUUGGAGACUGAACGGCUUCAGAAAAAAUGCAGCAGCUACUCCUUAAAAUCCCUGCUUAGCUGGCGUAGUAUUCUACUAAUAUUAGCCGUCUUCACUGUUCUGUCAUCGGCCUACAUACACAAAAAGACUUUGCAGAAUGUUGUUGAGAGAAACGUCCAAGAAAUGAUCUAUCCAGGAAUGAAAGUAUUUCGAAAAAUGAUGCUGCCUCUGGUCAGAACUUUCCCAUCACUUUCCGCAUGGUACGAUGAAACAUGUUUAGUUGGCAAUCCUUAUUUUCAAGUAUCAGACAUGGAUUGCUGGCCCUGCAGCAGCACACGCAGUGUCCUCAAUUUAACAGGAGGCCAACUCUCCUCUGACCAAUACCAUUCUGGAAUACCGUUCAUAUUCAAGGAGAACCAUAUGAGAACUGUGGAAAUCAAUGAUCUGAAAGAAAUGUAUGUCGAGCAUAAAGCAGUUUUCGACGCUCAUUCGUCCCAAGUCGAAUGCUCUUAUGGAUGGUCAACGCUUGAUGAUCUGUUUUCUGAUCACUCUCCAUACAUCGGUCCUACUGACCAGCUUAAUACUAACAUUAAAUGGAGACUCAAUAGAUUGGAACCGAUCAGAUUAGUAAGAAACCUGUUUGGUACGCCCAAGAAUACGCCGCAAUACACGGCAGGAGCAGCCCCGGAAAAGUACAUAAUCAUAGAUGAACCUCAAGGACUACCCUAUCUUCUUCCACAAACCGAAGGAACAACAGUGUUUGUAGUCCAGGGCAGUGGCUCGCGUUUGAUUGUGUUGGAUCCGGCUCCUCAAUGCUCCACUCAGUGUCACCGUGUCUCUCUUGUUCUUCAACCUCAACAUAUUUUGUGGUAUAAUUGGUGGUAUUGGCGGGGUUCCAGCUUUCCUGUUUCGGGAAGCAACGACAUAAGUGUCACUUACAUUGGAUCCUAUUUCUAAAUCGAGGCGACUGUACAUUGUGCUUCAGAUUACUCCUCAGGUAUCACAUUUCAACCCAAGUAGAUUUAGAGCCCGGAACACGCAGUGGUCUUGGAGGAUAGAUACCCAAAACCGCAGAUCGUUCUCUAUGUGUCCAGGGCAUCAAGUUUUCUUCGGAUACUUGCUAGAUUAAAAAGUUAUACUAAAAAGAAAGUUAAAAAGUUAACUAAGUUAAUUAAAAAGUUAUACUAUACUACCGUCGUUUAUACCAAAGUUAUAUUAUAGUACCGUCUUUUGUAUUUGUUUUUGUAAAAUGAAAUAAAUUCAAGCAUUCAAGUUGAUUAAUGUUGUGUAACUGUUGAUAGUUCUAUACUGAUGAAUAUCUAUUACGUACAUAUUCAGAGUCUCCUAUCAUAUUGAUGUAGGUCAGCCCUACAUGGAUACUUAUCAUGUGAGCAUGGUUGUCAAGGUUUUGGCAACGAACUGUUUAUAAAAAGAUAACAAGUGAAAGCUUUGUGAUGAACGUUCCAAAUUGAUGUUGUAUUUUAUUUUUAUCCUGUUCACAAAUGUAAAAUUUAAAUGAAUGUUAAUUACAAAAGCACAUUUAUAACAGUUUUAAUGUAAACUAAAGAGUGAAGGAUUAUUUUUACCUCUUUUAAAAGAAUUUCAGUGAACUUAACAACAGAAUCAAUGUUAGUCGAGAAUUUAUAUAAUCAACUAUGUAAAAUUUAUGGAUAAAAACAAACUAAACUUAUGUUUUAAAGCAAAAAAACAACAGUGAUUUUAAAUUUCCAGUGAUAUGUGUUCAUAUGAUGAAUGUAUGGUAUCAGUUUCAAUGUAACUUUAAAAUUAAAAUUGACUGAACUUACUAUGUUAACCGUUAUCGGUUAUUUUGAAGACUUGACCGGUUAUUUUGAAGACUUGACUAAGAAGCAAGUCCAUUAGAUUAAGCUUGAGUUUUAAAGACUGAACUCUGCAGAUAAUUGACUCAACUCAAUGUUGAUUAUGUUCAAACCCUAAAUAGUCAACUUAAUGUUGAUUACGUUCAAACCCUAAAUAGUCAACUCAAUGUUGAUUACGUUCAAACCCUAAAUAGUCAACUCAAUGUUGAUUACGUUCAAACCCUAAAUAGUCAACUCAAUGUUGAUUACGUUCAAACCCUAAAUAGUCAACUCAAUGUUGAUUACGUUCAAACCCUAAAUAGUCAACUCAAUGUUGAUUACGUUCAAACCCUAAAUAGUCAACUCAAUGUUGAUUACGUUCAAAUCCUAAAUUUUAUUUGUGAAAGCCGUUUAAAUCGCCCAUUUCUAUAUUGAAUGGAAAAGACGUUCAUAAUAUUCUACUGUUCAUACUGUUAAUAAUAUUCAUACUGUUCUACUACAGUAUGUUUUAUCAACGAACUCCCAAAUUCUUAGCAGCUACACUAGGCCCUUGUUAAUGAACGGUAUAGCUUUGAAUAGUGAAAACAUAAAAUGGCCUUCCAAAGAAUACAUGGAGGAAGCCAAAUCGACAGGAAAGUAUAUCGCAAAGAAUAUGAUUCCCACAAGAUUCCUAAUGGAUGGCAGCAAUGCCAUGAUAACUUAUCCUCGAUUUAAACCUGGAGUCCCGUUUAAAAUUGGGAAUUUCAAAUAUCAAAACAUUUCUAUCAGCUGGAACCCUACCCUGACUGGGAGAUGCAUGAAGAGAACAGUACUGUGAAUAUAGUGAAUGCUUUAGAAAUAUUCUUGGACUGUAACAAGGUGUUGUGGGUGUUAGACAUGGAUGUUAGAUAUUAUAUAGAUGUGACCACCGGGAAAAAUGAUGUGACACCUAUGAUAACUGAGGAGAGUCGGUUAGAGUCGGUUAGAGUAGGAGACAGUGUCGUGAGAAACUUGGUAGUGUCAGAUUAAAUUAUCUGUGGAACUAAGUUGUGGUGUACCCAGACACUGUACUUUAGAUCAUAAAUGUGAGGAAAUUGGUUUCAGGGCAUGAGUUGGUCUUAACACUUUAUAACAAUAUGGACUAAUGGUGUAGAUGGUAGAUGC